AAGAAAAGGAGAGAGCAAGAGAGAGAGAGAGCAGUUAAAGUAUGUUGUUUUUUGUCGCUAAACAAGUUUUUCGUUUUCAGUUUUUGUUUCGUUCAAGAGACCGAAGAAAAGCUCCAUCUACUGAACUUGAUUUAGUAGUAUAUACACCGUGUUGAUAUUCACAACGUCGCGUCUGCGCGUAUGUUUCAUGUCCGCUGAAACGCAAAUUGAGAAAGUUUUUUCAAGCAUACAUUUUCAAUAAUCUUUUAUUCAAAACAUACACAUGUGAUUUUGCUUACCGCUUUGGCGGUGUACUACACAAUGGAUUAUCAAGAUGAGCGGCAUUUCAUCUGCAAGCCAAGAAUGGCGGGAGCUUCAUCACGCAUGAACCUAAAUUUCAUCAUUUUGGUGUUCAUAUUUUCCAUUGACAUGCUGUUUGUUUCUGAAGCUUUUUCACAGGAACAAAAUGCACCGCCAAUAUUAUAUGUUCGAGAACGAAAUUGGCGUAUCUCGGAAGCAGAAGAGGUGGGUCGAAUUAUCGAUCGUGUUCGUGCCGAAGACGCAGACGGAGAUGAUCUUGUGUUCGGAAUCGAGCCACGCUUCCUCCCCUUAAUUGGCUCGAGUCAACAGUCGAAUGCACAGAGCAAACUACCCUUUCGUAUAGAUCGCAAUACAGGUGUCGUCUAUCUAAACGAGAGCUUAUCUGGACGGGCCGGUGAAAACUUUCUUAUAUAUAUAACCGUGUCGGAUGGACGUUACACAGCAAAAAAUGAAGUUUUUAUAAACAUUUUGGGAAGUCACGAACGUGGGGGAUACCAGGGCUUUGGAUCUCGUUCGCCACCCUCGAUAUCGAAUGUAGUGAAGAACAUUUCCCAAUUUUUGCCAUCAUUUGAUCAACUGCCAGGCGUGCAGUCCAUUAGAAAUGGCUUGCCAAAUCGGCGGCCUGUCUUGAAUUUACCACAAGGCUUUCCGGCAAGCAACGGUGGCAAUUUCGUUCUACCUCCCUUUAAAAAACUGUAUCCACCAGUAUCAAGUCCGGAUUUGAGCCAAGAAGAAGAUAAUAAAGUAAUUGGCACUGAGCCGCCAGUGACGCCUAUCUCGGCGCAAUCCACAAAGAGCUCUCCUGCAACGACACCGCCGAGUCGCACAAAGCUGACACCAAUAGCUAAUCAGACCUCAGACAGCUCUCUGCUAUCUAAGCCAGAUGCAAAAUCAGAUCACAAGAGCGACAGUAAUCAGAACAAAUUGACUGAUUUCAACUUAAAGUCCUUCACAAGUCCGAUUAUUAUUGGACUGUGUGGCAUUUUUGCAAUAUCCUUAACUAUUCUCGCCUACGUUUGUCGCAGCCAUUUAUGCGCUAUCAGCAAAACGAUGAAAAAGUCUAAGGAGAAGGAAGAACUGUCCAAAAAGUCUAAUCCUAGUCAUCUCAGCAACACGCUUACCGACGACAGUCGCAAUUCGAUGGUUAUGCAACAGUGGCAAGGACCUUCCGCCUUUGGCAACCGCUACGUGCCUUGGGAGCGGGAUCAACAGUUGGCAAUAACGUCAACGUAUCAAGCAUCAACUGCGGUAAACAGCGUCGAUGAUUCUGCAGUUGCCUCCGCUGUGGGCUCAACUAGCCCAACUACGGGUUCGCCUAACGGACGUGCUGGUGUAUUGGAGGGUGGCUGCGGAAUCGAUCCCAACACUGAUCGAUGGGAAUUCCCAAGGCAUCGACUGAAGUUCUUUAAUAUAUUGGGUGAAGGUGCCUUCGGGCAAGUUUGGCGCUGUGAAGCAACCGACAUGGCCGGCUCUGCAGAUGUCACUACUGUUGCAGUGAAAACUUUAAAGGAAAGUGCAGAUGAGAUCGAAAAAAAAGAUUUGCUUUCGGAAUUGGAGGUGAUGAAAAGUCUCGAGCCUCAUGUAAAUGUUGUUCAAUUAUUGGGCUGUUGCACAGAAAAGGAUCCAACUUUUGUAAUACUUGAGUAUGUGAGUCGAGGAAAAUUGCAAACUUACUUAAGAAACUCACGAGCAGAAAGGCACUAUGGAAAUACACACGGAAAAUCCAAUGUUUUGACUUCAGGGGACUUGACAUCAUUCAUGUAUCAAGUUGCUAAGGGAAUGGACUACCUAACGUCGCGCGGAAUAAUUCACCGUGACCUCGCUGCGCGAAAUAUAUUAAUAACUGAGGAUCACACCUGUAAAGUUGCGGAUUUCGGAUUUGCGAGGGAUAUCGUCACUUCUAAAAUCUACGAGCGAAAGAGUGAAGGAAAACUACCAAUCAGAUGGAUGGCUACAGAAUCACUUUAUGAUAAUAUAUUUUCAAUUAAAUCGGAUAUCUGGAGCUUUGGCAUAUUAAUGUGGGAAAUCGUUACAUUAGGCUCCACACCUUAUCCAGGUAUAUCUGCUGCCGAUGUAAUGCGUAAGGUUCGAGACGGAUAUCGCCUUGAAAAGCCAGAGCAUUGUCGCAGAGAGCUCUAUAAUAUUAUGUACUACUGUUGGUCACAGGAUGUACACGAGCGACCCACAUUUACGGAAAUAAUAAAGAUGCUCGACAAACUACUGCACACUGAAAUGGACUAUAUCGAAUUGGAACGUUUUCCCGACCACAACUACUAUAAUAUUGUGCAUCUCAGUGGAGAAAAAUUAUAAGUCACAAUUUGUUAUUUAUGAAAAAGGAGCGAUCCAUGCACUGCCACGAAGAGCUUUAUUAUACAUAUAUAAACUAAGUAGGAAGUAUAGUGCUUUGCACUAUAUUUAAUGAAACAUUUAAAGCUUGCAAAAAUAUUUAUUGUAAAACUUUUUAUUUUUAUUAUUA